CGUCAUUUGGCAUAAUCUUGAACCCUGACUGAAACAUGUUGUGUACAGUAACUGUACCGACACAAAUACCGACGUCGAUCAACUGUUUCGCAAUGGCUGACGUGUUGUGUGUGAAAGGCCCUGGGCUCGGCAAUUGGGCUGAAACGCCGGAGGAAGUGGAAUUGGAGCAGAUCUUCCAGAAGAAAGGGAAGAUGGGGAUGUCGAAAGACGAGCGCAAAUCGUACUAUGGCGCCAAAUUUGCACGAGCUGCAGCCAUCAGGCUCGUGGCCAUGUACGAACGUGCCUGGGAUGAAUGCAUCCGUCGCGAACUCGCGGCGUCAGAGGCUGCGCAGGCGCUGAGCCUAGCCGCUUCGGCCUCCGCCACGUCGACCAUGUCUCCGCGCUCCCUGUCGACAACGCCGCAGAGUGCCAAGAGCAGCACCUGGGGAGGAGACUUGUAUGAAUUGAAAGUUCACUUCGAGACCUCGUUUGGUCAAGAGUUGUACUUGGUCGGCUCAGUCGAUGAACUGGGCCUCUGGGAUUGCCGACGUGCCGUGCACAUGGCCUGGACCGCGGGAAAUGUCUGGACCGCCAAGGUCAGUAUUCCGGCCGACCGAAAUGUUGUUGAAUACAAGUAUUUGAUCGGGCAGCAUGGACAGUUUCAGUGGGAGGGCGGGUGCAACCAUCGCUUCGAGACGACCGGUGGGCGCUGCCUGAGCGAUCACUUCAAUCAUUGAAGUGACGUGAGACGUGACGUGCCGCAGGAAUACAGCAUGCGCUUCAUCCCUCCAAGAUGACCGAUGGGCGCUUCCUGCGAUGAUUCCAAGUGUUGAUGAGACUUGCAACCUGACCUUGCCUUUUU